CCGAGCACGCACCCUAUAGGAGAGGCCGAAGGAGGAGCGCUUCUCUUUAAGAAGGCGACCAAACCCUGGGGACAUGGACCCAGAGCUGGAGAGCCACAGCCUUCUAUACUUCAUCACUAUGUCCCUGCAGGCUGAUUUUGACCAGGCCACACAAGACGUGAGGAAGCUGAAAAGCAGACCAGAAGAUGAAGAACUCAAAGAAAUCUACGGGCUCUACAAACAGUCCAUCAUCGGAGACAUCAACAUUGGUGCAUGUCCAGUAAUGUUAGAUAUGAAAGGCAAGGCCAAGUGGGAAGCGUGGAGCCUCAAAAAAGGGUUGUCGAAGGAAGAUGCAAUGAGGGCCUAUAUUUCUAAAGCAAGAGAGCUGAUCGAGAAAUAUGGAAUUUAGAAUUUGACAGGGGAGACAGAUCUCCUUUGAAAGCCUUCAUAAUAGGAACGUGGUGUGUAGGGGGAAAUGCAUUGACAACUGUAUAAAUCAUGUGUAUUUUCCUAUUAGCAUGGAUUCUAAUACUUUAGACUAUGUCAACAUAAUUACCUAAUUUUGCUUGCUUGUACAAGGUGAUUUACAAAAAUCAUUUUGUAGUCUGCAUAUAA